UCCGCCCCGGGCCGGCGGCUGCUUCCUCCGCCUCUUCCUUCUGCACGUGGCGUUCGGGGCCACAUGCAACAGGCCCCGCCGGACCAUGUCCAGGGAUGGGACAAAUGCAGAUGUGGCCAUGGAAGGAGGGCCCAGUCCUUGUAAGCGUGUGAAGGUGGAGGCAGUUGCUCCUGUUUCACCUUUGAACUUUGACAGCCCUGAUGCUUUCUUUGAGAGCUUGAUAUUUCCCAUCAAGAUAGAGACUUUUUUCGAGGAAUACUGGGAGCAGAAGCCCCUUCUAAUUCAGAGAGAUGAUCCUUCACUGGCUGCUUACUUUCAGUCCCUUUUCCAGUUAACAGAUUUGAAGAAUCUGUGCAGACUGGGGAUGUACUAUGGAAGAGAUAUAAAUGUGUGCCGAUGUGUGAAUGGCCGGAAGAAGGUGUUAAAUAGGGGUAGCAAAGUACACUACCUCCAACUGAGAAAAGAUUUUGAUCAGAGAAGGGCAACUAUCCAGUUCCACCAGCCUCAGAGAUUUAAGGAUGAGCUGUGGAAAAUCCAGGAGAAGCUAGAAUGUUUUUUUGGAUCUCUGGUUGGAUCUAAUGUUUACAUAACUCCCUCAGAGUCCCAGGGCUUGCCCCCUCAUUAUGAUGAUAUUGAGGUGUUCAUCUUGCAACUGGAAGGAAAGAAACACUGGCGCCUGUACCAACCCACUGUGCCCCUUGCUCGCGAGUACAAUGUGGAGUCAGAAGACAGGAUUGGGGCACCAACACAUGAGUUCACAUUAAAGCCAGGGGAUUUGUUAUAUUUCCCCCGAGGGACCAUCCAUCAAGCUGACACUCCUCCUGGACUAGCCCAUUCUACUCAUGUGACCAUCAGCACCUACCAGAACAAUUCAUGGGGAGAUUUUCUUCUGGAUGUGAUUCCUGGGCUUCUCUUUGAUACUGCAAAGAAAGAAGUAAAAUUUCGGACUGGCAUACCACGGCAACUACUUAUGCAGGUGGAUGACAUAACUAUUGCAACAAAGAGAUUAAGUGGCUUCCUGAGGACUCUUGCAGACCAGCUGGAGGGUACCAGAGACCUGAGAUCAUCUGAAAUGAAGAAGGAUUUCAUUAGGAGCAGAUUGCCACCAUACUAUUUGGGUGAUGGUUCCAAUCUCUCCACCCCAGGUGGAAAGUUCCCAAGAUUAAAUAGCCGAGUAAGACUGCAAUUUAAAGACCACAUUGUUAUGACAGUGGAGGCAGACAAGGAUGCUUCUGAUGAGACUCAAGAACAAAUGGUUUACAUCUAUCAUUCUUUGAGGAAUAAGCGGGAGACACACAUGAUGUUUGGAAAUGACAAUGAAACAGCAGAGGCUCUUGGACUUCGCUUCCCUUUAUCUCAUAAGGAUGCCCUGAAACAACUUUGGAGUUCUGAAAUUAUUUCUGUUAAGGAACUGAAACUUAAUACAGAUGAAGAGAAAGAAAACUUGGUGUUAGCACUCUGGACUGAAUGCCUAAUGGAAGUAAUCUAGUGCCUUUGUCAAGUCAGCACUUCCUAUAAAAGGAGAGCAUUUCUAGAACUUCUCUUCUGGAUUUUGCCAUCAUGCCCCGGGAACCAUCAUCAUGCUGCAAGAUCACUUCUGUCCCGAACUCACAUCUCAUCAACUAUCUUUUGCCCUUUCCUCCAACUGCAGUGGGUAGAGACAACAAGCUUCUCCCAGAAUCUCCUUUUAAGGGGGGCACUUGUUUGAGCUAUCUCAUUUUCCACCCAAAUGCCCUUCUCUGGAUGGCCACUAUGCCAUCUUGCCUCCAAUGUAACUUUUCAGCUUUCUUUUACAUGUUGCUUUUCCCCAUUAGACUGUAAGUUCCUUGAGGAUAGGGACAGUCAUUUUUUGGGAGGGGGUUAUUCUUAACGUUUAAGACAGUGUCUGGCACAGUAAUUAAAUUUAAUGUUUAAUUACUGAUUGACAGUGAUUACUAAGUGAUGACCAUGAGCAUCCUUGCUAAAAUUUAGGCCAGAUCUUACUGGAAAAGCCAGCGUUUCUGGCAUUUCUCCAUUAUGGCUCUUGGUUUUAGAUAAAUAUUAUUUACUAUGCUAAGGAAAAGUCCAUUCUUUUUAGUGUUUUUAAUAGAAAUUGGUAAUAUAAUUUGUCAAAAAUUUUUAAAAUCUGUUGCUAUAACUGUGACUGUUUUAAUUAUUAAUAUGCUAUAAAUAUAUUUGCUUUUUCUGAUGA